UUUUGUGGGGAGCAUGUAGUCAUGAUCUUCUCGUCAUAAUCUCCCGAAUCUCGAGCUACACGCAAGCAAACAUACCAUACAUUCGCUCACUUAUCACGACAUACGGAUAUACCCUCCUCUCCUCCCGCAUCCAGCCACCACUAUGGCAGAACAAAACCCCAUGGUCACCCUCCAGGCGGAGCUCUCGCGCUUCCGCAGAGCGACACUUAACUCAGCCGUCAAAGACACCGACAAACUCCUCGAACUCCUCAUCCAGGCGAGGGAGCAAGUUGCCAAUGAUCCGCACCGAGCAGGCCUGACGAUGGCCAAGCUACAGAACCCCGUUACCGCGGGGUUUGAUGCAAUAAACAAUGACCUGAAAGAGGUCUCAAAAGCCCAGAAAACAUAUGGCAAGGCCCUUGAUAAGUCAUUCCCCCUCCGACCACUCUCGACAGACUACGAUGCCAUGGCCGCGUAUCCCUCCUUAAUCAACCGCGCCGUAGCGAUGCACAUGCUCCGCGAAGGCCAAUUCAGCGUGGCCUCGACUUUCCUCCGCGAAGCCCACGAGCGACCCCCACCACUUUCCGCCAACAACCCUGCCCUCGAUGCAGACAUACACUCUCUUCAGUCUCAGGAGCUGCAGGAUAAGUUUGCGAGCAUGUACAAGAUCCUCAACGAGCUCAAGAAUAGGAACCUCGUUCCAGCCAUAGAGUGGGCGCGCCUCAACAGCGACGAGCUCGAAGCCCGGGGUUCCAACCUGGAGUUCGAGCUCAGCAAACUCCAGUUCGUCUGGCUCUUCAAGGGUCCCGAAGUAAACGGUCUUCCCGAUGACGAGCGCAACGGCCGGAUAGGUGCCCUGGCCUACGCACAAAGACACUUUGGCCGCUUCCAAACCCGCCAUAUCAAGGAGAUCCAGCAGCUAUCUUGCGCCAUGGUCUACGCAUCCAAUAUUGGCCAGUCGCCAUAUGCCAACAUCUUCGAGACAUCUGCCGCUUUUGACGACGUCGCCCUAUCCUUCACGCGCGAGUUCUGUUCUCUUCUCGGCCUCUCCGCCGAAUCACCACUCUAUGUCGCUGCUACCGCCGGCGCCAUCGCGCUGCCUCAACUCAUAAAGUACACAACAUACGUAAAAGCCAAGCGUACGGAAUGGACGACGGAAAGCGAACUCGCAUUCGAAACGCCGCUACCUCGUAGCAUGAUCUACCACCCCAUUUUCGUCUGCCCCGUGAGCAAAGAGCAAACAACAGAGCAAAAUCCGCCAAUGAUGCUGCCCUGCGGCCACGUCAUCUGCAAAGAGUCACUCCAGCGCCUGACCAAGGGCUCCCGCUUCAAGUGUCCAUAUUGCCCCAACGAGGGCCACAUCAAAGAUGCUCGAGAGAUUAAGUUGUAGGACGAAUUGGGCUUCGAGUUGGAGGAUAGGUGUGAACAUUACAAACAUCUCAUCAACGCACUGGUCUCUCCAUGGCGGAAGACAUGCAAGACACAAUGGCCUACGUUGCCACUUGUUUUUUAGGCGAGAUGAGUAUGUCCGGUACCGGGACGACAGGCGUUGAGGGUUGACGUUCGACGGGUAAAGCUUUCAUCAAUAACGGCGGGGCAGGUCACUCCAAUCUUUCGUUUUGGGUGGCGUUAGGUUUCGGAUGCAAUCUUAUUUGGUACAGCGAUUCGGGCUACUGUUUUGAGUAGGUAGGAUAGAGCGAGCGUAAUACAAACGCAUGUCAAUAAUGUGACCAGCUCUUGUGGUAUUGGUGUUUCAUUCGCAUGCUUCGACGAAUGCCGUAAAGUCAAGGACGGCAGUGACUGGGCCGGAAUCGGCCUGGU